AUAUCAAACCAACAGAGCAACCACCACGGUUGUUCCUUGGCUCCCUGUCAACACCCCUUCCCCCCCUAAAGAAAAAGAAACAAUGGCAGCGAAGCAAAUGGAAGAUAUACAGAGAAAACUAGGGAUGCUGAAUUAUCCAAGAGCCAAUGCUCCUGCUCAGUCUCUUCUUUUUGCCGGCAUGGAACGUUACGCUCUUCUCGAAUGGCUCUUCUUCAAGUACCCCAUUUCCCCUUAUUAUUAUCUCGUUCUUUGUCACUUUGUAAAUGGCUUGUUUAAUUACUGGGAAAAGCGGCUCAAGGAGAAAAUUAAUUUGUUAUUGGGUGAUAAAUCACCAUUCUCGCAGCAAAAUCUACAAGGAGAUGCUAUGGAUCGUGACGAAGAGACGGCUCGUAUCCAAUAUCUGGCAGAGAUUGCAAAGUUUCUGGGCAUCACUUCAAUUAUAGAUACAGAAGCCAUCCAAGGGCGAGGAAGCUAUGAAGACCGAACUGAAAUGCUUCGCCUAAUUGUAGAUCUCGUGGAGGCUAGCAUCUAUGCUGAUAAUCCUGAAUGGAGUGUAGAUGAACAGGUGGCAAAAGACAUACAACUCAUAGAUUCUAUUGCAGAGAAACAAGCUCUAAUAUUCUCAGAGGAGUGCAAGCUGUUCCCUGCUGAUGUGCAGAUUCAAUCCAUAUAUCCAUUACCAGAUGUAUCUGAGUUGGAGACAAAGCUUGCGGAACAGUCAAAAAUACUUCAGAGUCUUCAGCAGAAAAUUGAUGACUUGGCAUCUAAGCAUGCAUACAAUCCAGAUGAGGAGUAUUCUGAGGUGGAAUCUCAUCUCCGGGCACAUUUGGAAUCUUUCCUAGAAACUGCAAGAUCAUUCAAUGUGAUAUACACAAAGGAAAUACGCCCUUGGACGCACAUGAUGGAAGUGCCACAGCUUCAUGGGUUUGGACCAGCUGCCAACCGGUUGUUGGAGGCAUACAAGAUGCUUUGGAAGUUCCUAGGGAACUUAAGAAAUCUUAGAGACUCGCAUGCAGCUCUUGCUGUUGGAUCUUCUGAAACAAAAGCUGGCGAGCCCUCUUCUGUUACAAGAAUAAUUUCAGAGUGCGAGUCUGCACUGACAUUCUUAAAUCGUGAUCUUGGCAUUCUCUCGGCUUCGAUUUCACGUGAGAAAGGUAACAAUGCGAGUUUAUGAUGAAUGCAUCAAAAGAUAGCUAAAAACUUCUGACAUGACCUUACAACUCUUUCUUGGGAACUUAUUUUGUGGAAUAUUUAUAUUAUGUUUAAAGGUUGAUUGAAUUGAAUGUCACAAUACCACUGUUAUUUUAGUGAGUGUGCAGUGUUCACCAUGUCGGAGUAUAUUAGUUUUGAUUUGAUUCUUGAUUCUUGAUUCCUCAAACCUUGAAUGUAUCAUGUGAAAUGAAUGGCAGACUAUUCCGUAUGCUAUAUAUGAUGAUUAGAGUUGGGGUUUA